AUGCCACUUUCGGCGAAAAGAAAAUUUUUUGACGAAGAGGAAUAUACACCUGGUCUUUCAAAAGCCAAGAAAACAAAAAAACAAGUAAAAUUACCUGUUACAGACAAUUUAUCUGAGGACGAAAGUUUUAGUGGAUUUCAAGGAUUAAUACCGAAAAAUGCUGUCCUUAAUAUAACUAGACCACCGUACAAAAUGGCUCCGAAUGGCAUCGUUGAUUAUUCAUCAAUAAAAUUAAAGAAUCACCAUGCCAGUCGGCCGCUUUGGAUAAAUCCCGGUAAUGGACAUAUAAUCUUAGAAGCAUUCUCGCCUUUUGCUGAAAAGGCACAAGAUUUUCUAAUAACUAUUAGUGAACCAGUCAGCAGACCUUCUCUUAUACAUGAAUAUAAAAUGACCCCUUAUUCACUUUAUGCUGCUGUUUCCGUGGGUUUAGAAACAGAAGCUAUAAUUGAUGUUCUAAAGAUGCUUUCAAAGGCAUGUUUAUGCGGAACUGAAAUUCCUGAUUCUGUCAUUGAAAUGAUUCGUGAAUGUACAAUAUCAUAUGGCAAGGUAAAGCUUCUGCUGAAACAAAAUCGUUACUUCGUUGAAUCAUCGCAUCCAGAAGUUUUACAAAUGCUUCUGCAAGACCCAGCGAUUGCAGAGGCUAGAAUAAAUUCUGACGGUGCAGCACAAGACACCUUUAUAACUAAUAAAGCACCAACUGAUAAAGGCUUAGUAAUUCCGGGAAAGAAUGAUGCUACUGCAGAUACAGAUAAUAAAGCUAAAGAAAAUAACACUCAGGACGAUGAGUUAUUAUUUAAUACUGUUGUUGCAAUUGACAAAGAGGAUGAAGAAGAUGAGGAUGAAGUUCAUUCAUUUGAAAUUCGAUCUGAAAAAUUUGAGAAUGUGAAGAAAAGAUGUAACGAACUUAAUUAUCCAAUGUUGGAAGAAUAUGAUUUUCGAAAUGAUGCAACACUCGCUCCACUCGAAAUUGAUUUGAAGCCUAUUACAGUCAUUCGUCCUUAUCAAGAAAAGUGUUUAAGCAAGAUGUUUGGAAACGGACGUGCAAGGUCCGGUAUCAUCGUCUUGCCAUGUGGUGCUGGUAAAACCCUUGUAGGUAUAACUGCUGCGUGCACUAUUAAAAAGAGUUGCCUUGUUCUCUGCACCUCGGCGGUUUCAGUAAUGCAAUGGAAACAACAAUUCUUACAGUGGUCAAAUAUUAAAGAAAGCCAAAUUUCUGUUUUUACUUCAGAUCAGAAAGAGAAAGUAAGAAUUACUCUUAGACUUGUACCUUUUGAUGAUUAUUUCUCAUCAUAUUUAAUAUAUUGGUUAACAAAGUUUAUAGGUCAAUCUGGUAUCGUGAUUUCCACAUACAGUAUGGUUGCUAAUACACGAACGAGAUCUUAUGAAGCAUCAAAAAUGAUGGAUUUUAUAACUGGACGCGAGUGGGGUUUUAUAUUGUUAGAUGAAGUUCAUGUCGUACCUGCAAACAUGUUUCGUAGAGUUGUAACCACUAUUGCAGCUCACACAAAGCUCGGCCUUACAGCAACUUUAGUGCGUGAAGAUGACAAAAUUCAGGACUUAAAUUUUUUGAUUGGUCCCAAAUUAUAUGAAGCAAAUUGGAUGGAUUUGGCAUCUAAAGGACACAUAGCCAAUGUUCAAUGUGCGGAAGUUUGGUGUGAUAUGACACCAGAAUUCUAUGCUGAAUACCUUAAAGCAUCUUCAAGAAAACGCAUGUUAUUAUACGCAAUGAAUCCAAAUAAACUCCAAGCUUGUCAAUUCUUAAUUCAGUAUCAUGAAGAAAGAGGUGACAAAGUUAUUGUAUUUUCAGAUAAUGUUUAUGCUUUAGAGAAAUAUGCUAGAUUACUUGGAGUACCAUUCAUUCAUGGGAAAACAAAACCCCCAGAGCGAAUGUAUAUUCUUUCAAAAUUUCAGCACGAUUCCGCGACCAAUACAAUUUUCUUAUCUAAGGUUGGUGAUACAUCCAUUGAUUUGCCUGAGGCAACGUGUUUAAUUCAGAUUUCGUCGCACUAUGGAUCUAGGCGUCAAGAAGCACAACGUUUAGGACGUAUUCUAAGAGCAAAACGACGUAAUGAUGAAGGGUUCAAUGCUUUCUUUUAUUCAUUAGUUUCAAGGGAUACACAAGAGAUGUUUUAUUCUACUAAACGGCAACAAUUUCUGAUUGACCAAGGAUAUGCAUUUAAAGUAAUUACUAAGCUUGAGGGAAUGGAAAAGGCUCCAAAUUUGGUAUAUCGAGAACACAAUGAACAGAUGAAACUAUUAGGGGAAGUAUUGGUUGCUAACGAUAAUGCUGCCGAUCUUGAUAACGAUAUAGAAGCUAAUGCUGAUGAUUUGCCGGGAACUGUUACAAGUCGUAAUUUCAAUUCUCAAGCAAAGGGAAUAGUUCGCCGUACUACUAAUAUGAAAAGUUUGUCUGGUGCUGAUCAUAUGGCAUAUUUUGAGGGUAGUGGUGGUCAUGGCAAACCAAGUGGUUCAACACCGAAGAAAAAAGCUCCCGCCAAAGAGCAUCAUCCCCUAUUUAAGAGACAAUGGAUGAAAAGAUAA